AUGAAGAGACUUGGCAGCUCAGAUUCUUCCCCUCCUCUCAUCACAAUUUGUCCUUCAACAGAGGAACACAGUCCGAGGAACAGCCAUCACAUGUAUGGUAGGGAGUUCCAAUCGAUGCUUGACGGACUCGACGAGGAAGGGUGCGUUGAAGAAGCGGGGCAUCAAUCUGAGAAGAAGCGUAGACUAAGUGUGGAUCAAGUCAAGGCUUUGGAGAAGAACUUCGAGGUUGAAAACAAGCUUGAACCUGAAAGAAAGGUGAAGCUUGCCCAAGAACUCGGGUUGCAACCUAGACAAGUGGCCGUUUGGUUCCAAAACCGUCGAGCUAGGUGGAAAACCAAACAAUUGGAAAGAGAUUAUGGUGUUCUUAAAGCCAACUAUGAUGCUCUUAAGCUCAACUACGACACCAUCAAUCAGAACAACGAAGCGCUACGGAAACAGAUUAAGGAAUUGAAAUCAAGAUUGGAAGAAGGGAACACCGAAAGCGGAUAUUCCGUGAAGGAGGAGAUAACGAUGAUGCCGGAGACAGAAGAGAAAACGACGGAACAACAAAGUAAGAGCGACCCAUCAUGCGAAACCUCGGUUCCAGGUUCGGAGUCGGAGGAUCAGUUGAACUACGAGUGUUUCAACAACGGUGUCGGAGCGGCUUCGCUCUUGCAAGUGGACUUCAAAGACGGUUCUUCCGACAGCGACUCGAGCGCGAUCUUGAACGAAGACAACAACAACAACAACAGCAACAGUCCCAAGACUCAGCAUCUGUUACUCUCUCCCGAGUCCUCUCCGUUGAAGUUCAACUGCUCGGUGUCGACGGCGCCGCCACAAGCUCCGGUGAACUAUUUUCAGUUCCAGAAAACGUAUCAGGCGCAGUACGUGAAGAUGGAGGAGCACAAUUUCUUGAGCGCGGACGAGGCCUGCAAUUUCUUCUCCGACGAACAAGCGCCGACGCUGCAGUGGUACUGUCCAGAGCAGUGGAGCUAACUGAGGGAGAAAAGGGAACCGCUAUAUUGAACGGUUGUGUUCGUGUUCAACGCAGAAAGGCGCUGUGAAACGGUGCGUUGCGAGUGUGCAGAGAAGCCAAGAGUUGCGAAAGAAUGGAUCUGCAUGGCGUUGGCGUGGGGUCGGAGAUGACGAUUGAUUGCGGGUAAUUAUGACUCUCGCCCGUGUGGCAUGGAGUUAUAUCAUAUAUUAAUAUUAUAUGAAUAAUUACUAUUAUUCAAUCAUAAAGCAAAACUAUGCUGUAAAAAUUAAAUUAAAUUCCAAUUAUAAUAACCAUGUAGUACUACUUUUUAUGGAAGAGGAAAUGAUAAAAUAAAAAUAAAAUUCGGUUAAA